UGCAGGUGGGGGUGAGGCGGUGGUAUCCUGCCGCAGGUCUCCGCUCUGUGGAGACACUGAAGACAGAAGCCCGGGUGGGGAGAUAUGCUGCAUCGUUCUACCGCAACGGCGGGCCAUGUGUGAGUCCACCGAGCCCCUACAUGGGCGGAGGUGUCCCCGGAGAUGCUUCACUGUCAGCGCGUCCUCCCGGCCCGGGACGCAGCCUCCGGUGUCCACAUGAGGGGGGACGGCGGUGGAGGACUCCGCUCGGACGCACAGUUGUGAAACAUUAUGAAGGCAAAACGUCCAGCAUCUGAGGGUCCCCGGGCGCCGCACUGACAGCCAUGGAUCAUCUUUUUCGGAGAAAGCGAGUAGGUUUGCUGAAGCCCCUCCUGAGUCUGUCCCUGGUUUUUGCUUCUUUUCUCAUGAUCCACAAGCUGAAGCUGUCCGAGAAAGACGCAGUGGGAGUUAAACACAUGAGGGAUGAGGGCUGGUGUGGUUCCGAGUGUUUUUCAUUCAAGAAAGGAGCCGUGAAAACUAGUGUGGAGAGCUCCGACUCUCCGGUGCCUCUCUUGGAUUCGCAGCGGGUCUCCAACGGGACCCCGGCAUCCUCCUGGGACGCACAGGUUCUCAACUGCAGCGAGGACGCGUCGGUGAGGACCCAGGACUGGUUUCGGCGACUGGACCCGAGGUUUCAUCAGUUUGUUCUGCACAGACACUGCAGGUAUUUCCCUAUGCUCAUCAACCACCCGGAGAAGUGCGCGGACGGAGAGGUGCACCUCCUCAUGGUGGUCAAGUCCGUUAUCGAGCAGCACGACCGGCGGGAGGCAGUGCGCAAAACCUGGGGCAAGGAGCACACUGUGGAUGGAAAGAAGAUCAGGACAUUAUUUCUCCUGGGAAGCCCCACUGCCGGCAAAGACACCAAGAACCUGCAGAAACUGAUCGAGUACGAGGACCUGAUCUACGGGGACAUCCUGCAGUGGGACUUCAUGGACACUUUCUUCAACCUGACUCUAAAAGAGGUGAAUUUUCUCAAAUGGUUCGACAUCUACUGCCCCGACGUGCAGUUUAUAUUCAAAGGGGAUGAUGAUGUGUUUGUGAACACGCACAACCUGCUGGAGCUCGUCGGUUUCAAGGUGGAGGAGAGCAAAGAGGCCGACUUGUUUGUGGGGGACACCAUCUCCAAGGCGAUCCCCAUCCGAAACCGGCAGAGCAAAUACUACAUCCCCAGAGAGCUGUACGAUAAGCCAUACCCGCCCUAUGUCGGAGGUGGGGGGUUUCUGAUGUCCUCCCAGCUGGCCAGAAGACUCUUCGUGGUGUCUGAGGACCUGGAGCUGUACCCCAUUGACGAUGUGUUUUUGGGCAUGUGCCUGCAGAAGCUCCACUUGUCCCCAGAGCUGCACCCGGGAUUUAGGACAUUCGGCAUCACCAGACGCAGGGUGAGUUCCAUGAACAGCGAGCCCUGCUUUUACAGAAACCUGAUCGUGGUGCACAAACUGAGCGCGCAGGAGCUGCUGAAGAUGUGGAGCGUGGUGCACAACGAGGAGCUGGUGUGCGCACUAAGGACCUCCAUAUAACUGACAGUUUAUGUACAUUGAAACCAAUACAUCCACCAAAGCUGAACUCACACAGGGAACAGGAGGUUUUAAUUCACGGUCUCAUGGAAUCUGCGGAGUCAUGUCAGUGUUCAUAUUCAGUCAGGCCGUCAACUCCACUAAUGGAUGCGAUAUUAAAUAACACACCGUACACAGAUAGUUUGCAUUUACCAUAGUCUGUAUGUCAGAAUAAAAAGGUUGCUGUAGACUGAACAGGUUUCCACUACUGCUAGUCUGCCGUUGCAUUUUGUAAAACCACUACCGCACAGCUGCACACUGUGAACGCGGGUAAAGGUUUCUGAUUCUUGGUGCCAUUUGAGAUUGCAUCUAAAAUCCAACGAUUUCUUUAGAGUUGGUUGUCAGAGAAGCUGCUUUCUUUGUGUGUUCGUGCAGCAAAGUGAACUACGUGGACUUACAGCAUAACAAGCAGCUGCAUUCAUAGUGGACUGAUUACUUUGCAGAGUAUUCAAAAAUUAUAAAAAAUCAUGAUUUUUUUGAAAGUUAAUAUAUUUUUUUAAUUUUAUUUUUUAAUUUACAGAGUCUGAUUUACAGAGGCAGGCCUAAAACCAAAGAAAUGAAAGGGCUUUAAUACUGCAGACUCGUGUAUGAUAGUGUAAAUAGAACUGGAGCUCUGCUAAAUACAGAAACACUGUUGCAGCAUUUGGUUGAUACUGGUGUAUGAACAGCACUCUGGGUACUACUAAGAAUAACAUAAGGUCUCAAUGUCUGCAGCCAAUUCUAAGAGUAUGUUUUGCUUUUAACCCUUAGAUGCUCCAUGAUUGGACCCUAAGCUCUUCCACAAAUGGGUCAAAAAUGACCCGCAAAAGAAUCUUUUAUGCCAUUUUUGUCAUUUUGGUUUAGAAUAAUCAUUUGCAUUAUUGUUUUUAUUCUAUUUUUGUCCAUACAAAAAUGAUUUCAUUUUUGAAAUGUUUAUUUUUCACUUUAUAACUGAUUUGCAUAAUUUAAAAAAAGAAGAAUUUGCACAGAACAGCAAUAGAAGAAUGUUAACAUCAAUUUUGUAGACAUUUUUCCUCUCUUUUUCUCUAGCUGUUACUGCCCUCUGCUCCUCCAUCACCUCUUGUAUGAUACUACCAGUGAUAAAGCGCUUGGGGUAGUCAUACAAAUAUUACAAUUUCUUUAAAAGUAUAAAAGGUAACUGAAAAAUUUUAAUUGAAUGAUAUCAAAACAUGUUUUUUGAGGAACAGCUGGAAUAUGAAGUGAUAAAAACUUUUCAUUACAAAGAUGUUGCAAGAAAUCAACCUCACCGGGUCAUUUUUGACCCACUUAUGCAUCUAAGGGUUAAGGGAAGCUCAACACACAUCUCUUUACGUUCAGCUGCUAAUCACAGAGGACUUCAGCUCAUAGAUUCAAAUAGUAACAGGAAUCUUUAUUCAUGUGCAAUGUUGAGCUUAGUGUAGCUUUAUUUAACAAAUACACCUAGGUUUCAAGAAAAAUAGCAAUUUAUUGCAGAAAAUACUGACUACUCUGCACAUACAUCUCGAUAAAAUAUCCACUGUUGCAGUAGUUCUCAGUACAGAUGUACAGGGUGUCCCUAAAGUCUGGACACAGGCAAAAAUACAUAUUUUCAAGAAAUUAUAUUUUGAACAACAUUUUAU